GGGGCCCACGUCAUGGUGACCCCCCUGCUGGAGCGGGGGGCCAGCACGGCCACGCCGCUGUUCCCCGGCCCGCACGACUGGCACCACAUCCGCACCGGCACCAGUAUAGGGCACGGGAGGAAGGCCGUCGUGGAUGAGGACCACACUGUUACUGUCAGGGGCGGCGCCAUAAUCCCGCUGCAAGAACCGCCGGCGCGCGGGCCGGUGACCACGACUGCGGCGCGUAGUGGGCCCCUACAACUGCUGGCGGCGCCCGACCGCGCGCGACAAGCCGAGGGACAGCUCUACUGGGACGACGGGGAUAGCCUCAACAGCUACGACGAGAAGAAAUUCAGCCACAUCAAAUUCACUCUCAACCGGAACAUUCUCAGCAGCAGAGUCGUCUGGUGGGGCUACGGCGUUCCCUCCAUCAAUAACAUCACUAUCUUCAAUCAGCCCACUGUGGUAUCAGUCACUGUCAAGGGAGCCUCGGCCCACUUCGAGUAUUUAGAAAAAACGAAAGUCCUCCAAAUAUACAACAUCAAUCUAUCCCUAGACAACCCCUUCGAGGUCCAGUGGCUUUACAAGGCCAAACAAAACAAAGCCAUCAGCAUCAACAGUCCCUAUGUACCGAAAAGCGGGUAAUAAACACUAUAUCUUAACAUGGAAAUGUCAUUGUCCUGAGAGGAUCGGCAGACCAAAGUCUUGUAAGUGGUUAUGGAAAAACUAAACUAAAUUGUAACCGAACAUCAAAUGUUCGAGCAGUUGUUUGAUUAGUAGUGUAUGAAGAAAGAGUACAAUAGCAUGAUAGUUGUCUGUUAUCAGUGUUAUAGCAACGGAGAAAGUUCAAAGAUUCGAUAGUGAGAUAUGAAUGUUUGCCAAUUAAAUUAAGUACAGAAAUAUCUUAAAUGUUUGUUCAAGUAUCUAGUCAUAAGGUAUUUUUACUUAUGAAAUAUGUAAUUAUGUUUACUGAUUACAUUUAUUAUUAUUAAUUUACACUGUUUCUGAUACAUUUUUGAAAUCCUAUAGUGAUGAAAUAUUAUAAUAUUUAUAUAAAUAUCCCAUCCAGUUAGGAAUUUAGAUUGCAUAGUUUGUCAAUUAAGUAUAAUCUGUUGUCUAUUGAUUUA